CUGCCACAACAGUACCUCCACUGCUAAGACAUCAUGAAGUUCCUCGUAUUCUUGGCUAUCGCCCUGGCUUUGGUGGCUUGCUUGGCCCAGGCUCAGCCCGUUCCUGAGGAGGAUCAGCCAGCAGCUACAAAUCCUCUGGUGGAUGAGGAUGUCCACCAGGAGGUGGUGGAGCACAGUCGCCAGAAGCGGGCCACCUGCGAUCUUCUGUCCAAGUGGAACUGGAACCACACCGCCUGUGCCGCCCACUGCAUUGCCAAGAAGUACAAGGGAGGCUACUGCAACGACAAGGCCGUCUGUGUGUGCCGUAAGUGAGUUGGAUUGGAUCCUUUAGUCUGGGCGAAAUGCGAACAUCCUUUAUAUUUUCAAGAUCAGAGAAUCAAACUAAAAAAACCAUUUAAAACAUCAGAUAUAUGCGAUCUAUUUAAUCAAUAAAAAUACAAAUUUAAAGUA